ACGUCCAACCAUCUCCAAAAGAAAAAGAACUAUUUAAGAAGAAAACAGAGAGACCAAAAAAGACUCUAAUGGAGACUGGAAGAAGAAGAACAAUCCCAGAGGUGGAGAUACUUGCAAGAUUACCGUUGAGAAGCAUUGCGAGGUUCAAAUCAGUAUGCAAAAGAUGGAAAUCAGUAAUAGAAUCGGACUACUUCCGACGUCUCUUCGGAUCUUUUCACCGAAGCUCCUCUACCUCAUGGUCGAUCAUGUUCAGAACAGAGUAUCUUCGUGAGAUGACACAAGCCAUAGGCUUCCAUGGAUGCAAAACAUGGGAUCUUCCCAAAUCUCUAGUUUCAUAUAUCAUGCCAUUUCAAGAAUAUCCGAAUCUCCCUACCUCUGAAUACUACUAUAUAGCUUCUUCCAAUGGAUUGAUUUGGAUCGAUGUGCUUGUUUCUCGCAUCAAGAACAAGGUUUAUAGUUAUAAAUCUUUCGUUGGUAAUCCAGUUUUACAAGAAUGGGUUGAGAUCCCUCAACCUCCUAAUCCAUGGGUUCAAGAUAAACACCCUUGGUACCCGAGUCCAUAUAGCGGCGUUGGAAUGGUAACACGCGUUGAGAACGGCGUCGUUUCAAGUUUCAAGAUGGUUAGGACAGUCCAAAUGGAACUGAUUGAUCGUAGAGAUGAAGGAAUGUAUUUAUGGAGAGUUUGUGUAUAUUCUUCUGAGACAGGUUUAUGGACUUUCAAGCAAGUUUUCUCAUCUCGACCCGUCCACGGUGGUAGAGUUGAUUCUCCGGUGAAUCUCAACGGGGUUCUUUAUAUGUGGGAUAGGUAUAUGUUUUCAAAUGGACCUGGUGUCCUUGUAGCUCAUGACUUUUAUGGAGCUGAUGAUCAAUGUCAGGUUAUACCUCUCCCUGGCGCGAAUGAUGAACAUGAACAUGAACAUGAUGAUGAACAUGAACAUGUUCGGAGAUGCUUGACUACUUCAGGAGAAGAUGUUAUCUUCAUUGAAGUAAUACAUCGAAUAUUGAAAGCAUGGAGGCUGCAUAACAAAGAGAGUGAAAGGUGGCAACUGAUUUGGGAAGUCGUCAUGCCGUCUUUCAUAUCUGAUGUCAACUGUUUUCCCCUGGCAAUGAAUCCGUUUGAUACUUAUAUCGUCUAUCUGUGGGAUCGUCAACACGGUUGUUUGGUAUCGGGUUACUUGCAGGCACAAGAGUUUAUUGUUCAUCAAGAGUCAGAGAAUGGGAGUAGUAGUGAAGGUGAUUGUUGUCGCGUAAACACGUCGGGUACUGAGGGGUACAUGGAAGAGAGAUGCGAUGGAGUCCUUAUGUUAUCCCAGUUUGUGCUCCCAUCUUGGAUGGACUCGGUACCCCGACCGCCAAAUUGAUUAUCCUUCUUCGGGAAGCUUGUUCUUCGGUGUUUAUGUAUUUUUAUGUAUCCUUGAUUCCUUGUUUAUCAUGAGGCUUUAAUAUUCAAACAUCCUCUUUGUUUUCUUAUC